GUCCCGGCCUCAGAACUGACGCUCAGAGGGAGGAAGACGAGGGAGCGGCGCGCACAGCUUCCUGGGAAGAGCGAGGAUAAUGGCAGGAAAUCAGACCAUGAUCACAGAGUUCAUCCUACUGGGUUUUCCCCUUGGCCCAAGGACUCAGGAGUAAGAAUUUCAAGAGCAUGAGCUCAUAGGGAGUAGUACCUGCAGGAAGUAUACCAUGUGAUGCAGAAUGAAGAGAAAUCUUGUUGCCUUACAAUGCCAAGCAAAUACACGUAACACCUGUCUUGGGAAUAUUGAAAGAACAAAAUGAAUAAACAUGGGAGAUGCACUCAAUAGUUCAUCUGCUGAUAGAAACAACUCCUUCAUCAAGUCCAGGGGAGCCCUGACUGAGUUUGACCUCCCAGUGAGGCCCCUUAGAGAGGCGUGUCAGUCCCAGCCUGUACCUUCUCACCUCUCUGUGAGGCUUCUUCUAAGACUAAGUUUGAUGAAAAGGCCACAGAUUGCACUUGUGGACUUUGUUUUCUGCAGUCACUGCUUGCUUUGCCAUUUGACCAAUGAACAGAGAAAUGUAUCCAUGAAGUUUUAUACCUCCUUCUGGCUACUGAAGGUCUCUAAUGUGCAGCAAGAGUGGCACUCACAGAAGUUCUUAUCUCAGAUCCACAGACUUUCCAGGAAGAGCCCCCUAGAAAUCAACCAGUGCUCAAACCUUCCACCCAUGAAGCCUGCCCAGAUACAUAUGAACGGCAACAGACUCUGAGCAUGACAACAGGUGGUGAGGAAAAUAAGCCUUGACCUUUGUGUCAUAGAUGAGGAUUUGUCUUUCUCAGUCACAGGAGCAUGGGAGGCAACCAGACAUGGAUUGUAGAAGUCACGUUGCUCGGGUUCCUGGUGGAUCCAGCACUGGAGUUUCUCCUCUUCUGCCUUUUCUCUCUCUUGUAUAUGAUUACCCUGCUGGGGAACGGUGUCAUCCUUGGGACAAUCUGCCUGGACCCUAGACUCCACACUCCCAUGUGCUUCUUCCUCUCUCAUCUGGCCGUCCUUGACAUGUCCUAUGCUUCCAACAACGUCCCCAAGAUGCUGGCAAACCUAGUGAGCCAGAAAAGAACCAUCUCCUUCGUUCCAUGCAUAAUACAGACAUUCUUGUAUUUGGUCUUUGCUGCCACAGAGUGUCUGAUUUUGGUAGUGAUGUCCUAUGAUAGGUAUGUGGCCAUUUGCCACCCUCUCCAUUACACUGUCAUCAUGAGCUGGAGAGUGUGCACUGUCCUGGCUGUCAUGUGCUGGGCAUUUAGCUUCCUCUUGGAUGUGGUCCAUUUAGUUCUCCUCCUGAGGCUGCCCUUCUGCGGGCCUCAUGAAAUCAACCACUUCUUCUGUGAAAUCCUGUCUGUCCUCAAGCUGGCCUGUGCUGACACAACGCUCAACCAAGUGGUCAUCUUUGCAGCCUGUGUGUUCAUCUUGGUGGGGCCCCUGUGCCUGGUGCUGGUCUCCUACACCUGCAUCCUGGUUGCUAUCCUGAGGAUCCAGUCCAGGGAGGGCCGCACAAAGGCCUUCUCCACGUGCUCCUCCCACCUCUGUGUGGUGGGGCUCUUCUUUGGCAGUGCCAUUGUCAUGUACAUGGCCCCCAGAUCCAGCCACCCUGAGGAGCAGCAGAAGAUCCUUUCCCUGUUUUAUAGCCUUUUCAACCCUAUGCUGAACCCCCUGAUCUACAGCCUGAGGAAUUCGGAGGUCAAGGGUGCCCUGAGGAGGGCGCUGUGGAGGAGAGGCUGAUGUGAGAGAGAUCAAAGGGCAACAAGGGGAAGAGGUUCUGCUCCCUGUAAAAGAUGGAAAUUUUCUGUCCUGUGCUAGAGUAUCUUCUACUGAAAGAUGGAAUAUUAUAGACCUAUACAUAUAAACUGCAAUCCUAACCAUUUGAGAUGAAAAUAGGCUAAUGCCUUCCUGACCAUGGGGAGGAUUAGGUUUGUUAAGAAUACAUUGAAAGCAGUAGUCAUAAAAUGUGGCAGUUUGAGAGUAUUAGAUCUCUCCAAAAUAAUUCCCUCUGUUCAUCACAGUCACCACUAAGAAGCAGGAAAUGUAGCCAUAGACUAAGUGAUAAAAUUCACACUGCUUGUAUCCAGCAAAUAAACUGAACAGUUCAUAUAAAGAACGUGACAAGGGUCCGGCUCUGUGGCGCAGCAGGUUAAAGCCCUGUUUGGAUAUGAAUGUCUCCAAUAAAACUUUAUUUAGAAAAAUAAGCGGCUGAUCACAUGGUGUCUGGGGGUACUGGCACUGUACCAGUUCAUUCCCCGGCUGCUCCUCUUCGGAUCUAGCUCUCUGCUUAUGGCCAGGGAAAGCAGUGGAAAGAUGGCCCUAGUGCUUGGGCCCCUGCACCCAUGUAGGGGACCCAGCAGAGCUCCUGGUUCCUGGCUUCAGCCUGGCCCAGCCCCAGCCAUUGUGGCCAUUGGUGAGUGAAUAGCAGAUGGAAGAUUCUCUCUCUCUCCCUCUUUCUCUGUAACUCUGACUUUCAAAUAAAUAAAAUAAAUCUUUAAAAUAAAAAAUGAUGUCCUUGGACCAUAGUUUUCCAACCCUUCUUCUAGAUCUAGAAGAUAAUCCAUUUCCAAGUAAUAAACAGAGAUCUUCACUGGGAGUGGGGGAUAGGGCUCACGCAUCACAUACUCAGAUGUGUUUGAUUUACAAGUAUUACUGGACACUUUGGAGCCAUUCUAUAGUAAGAUUUUUUCUUCUGAUAACUUUUUUUUUUUUUGACAGGCAGAGUGGACAGUGAGAGAGAGAGAGACAGACAGAAAGGUCUUCCUUUUGCCAUUCGUUCACCCUCCAAUGGCCGCUGCAGCUGGCGCAUUGCGCUAAUCCGAUGGCAGGAGCCAGGUGCUUAUCCUGGUCUCCCAUGGGGUGCAGGGCCCAAGCACUUGGGCCAUCCUCCACUGCAGUCCCGGGCCACAGCAGAGAGCUGGCCUGGAAGAGGGGCAACCGGUACAGAAUCCGGCACCCCGACCGGGACUAGAACCCGGUGUGCCGGCGCCGCAAGGCGGAGGAUUAGCCUAUUGAGCCGCGGCGCCGGCCUCUUCUGAUAACUUCUAAAACAUACCACGACAUAAUUGCCUUUGGACUGUAGAUAAACGUGACUGCUCCUUCACAUUUAGAUAACAAUAUUAGCAAUCCAAUGAAAACAAGCAUAGAAGC